CCUGGCGAACAGAAGUGAUUUUUUUUCUUCUUCCAAACAGGAAGCAGGAAAAACAACCUUUGAAGAAGCGACGCAGUGGACUAAGCAGGUCCCAGCGUUUUUGGGGUAAUAGGUUGUAAUUAACCCGCAGUGUUUGAAUUCACGAGUAAAGACGCGUUGUUUUGUUGUUGUUUAUUUUUUUAUCCCGUUAAGCCCGUUUGUAGACUUUUUUUUUUUUUUUUUUUUGCGCAUUUUUUAGUGUUACGAAUUAGGACGCACUGGCUCAAGGUGUACAGCGCAAUUGGAGAAGCCGGUGUUUGAAGUUAUUCAUUGAUUAAUCUGAUGCAUUGUGUCAUAACACAAAGCCUUGUCGGCUCCAUCUAGAGCGCCCGCCCAUCGGGCUUUCUGCGGAGCGAUAGUGGGAGAUUGAUUAUAGUCUCCGGGAGAAAGCCAGCCGGAGCCUGCUUGGACCGUCAGAGAGAAGGGGGGAGACACGUUCAGGGUAGGACUUACUUCAGUCUGCCUCCACAGCGGCAGCACCCCGCAGAUGCACCCGGCACACAUUUAGCCUUCUGUCUCUAAUCAGGUUUUUAUAAAUCCGUUUUUAUUUUUUAUUUUAAAAAACAGGCAAGUCACGCCGGACUUUUGUGUCUCCCAACCGAGGAGGCUGCGAGUGUGAAUCGCCUCCGCAGUCUCGGAUGCGUAUAGUAAACGAGGAGUGGGUUGGGUCGCCUAGGCGCCUGGCACGCACACGUCGUCGGCGAUAACAAAAAAAGAAAAAGGGAAAAAAAAGAGAAGAAGAUAGGUGAGGUGGGAGGGGUGGAAGCGAUACCCGAGGCUUUGUAAUCAGGAGGACACCGGAGAGAUCUUCAUCUUUUUUGAUUCAGGACCCGCGGGGGACAAAACCCACGUUGUGAAAACCCUCCAAACCCGACCAGACGGUCUUCCAUCUCAUCUGAAGGGAAUAUAACAAGUGAAUCUGCGGGGCAACACACGAUGGCAACGGGUGCGCUCCUGCUUGCCUGCACGCUGCUUGCCGGUGUUGCCGUGGCUCAGAGAGUCGUGACUGUGCAAAGUGGACCGCUGGUACGGACUGAGGGCUCUCACGUGACCAUCAUGUGCAACGUGAGCGGCUACAAAGAAGGGGUGGAGCAGGACUUUGAGUGGUCCAUGUACCUGCCGUCAGCAUCGGACAGGGAGAUCCGCAUCGUCAGCACAACACAGACAAACUAUGCCUACGCCGUGUAUGCGCAGAGGGUCAAUAGCGAAGAGAUCUAUGUGGAGAGGCUGAGCGGCGACUCGGCUGUGCUCCACAUCACCAAAGUAGAGGCCAAGGACCAGGGUCUGUUUGAGUGUUACACACCCAACACAGACGGGCGGUACCUGGGAUCCUACAGCGCACGCACCAACCUCACUGUCAUCGCCGACUCGUUGACGGUCACGGCACCAGCCCAGACUCUGUCCAAGGUGGAGGGCGACACACUCCAGCUCGCCUGCGAGGUGUCUCGGACCACCCUGCAGCACACUCACUUAUCCGUGGGCUGGUACCUGCGCUCCCCGGAGGACGCGGCUGCGCCACCUCAGGAGCUGGUCACCUUGUCAAGGGACUUUGUCCUGCGCUCCGGGGGGCCGUACCGGCAGAGGAUGGCCGCAGGGGACCUCCGGCUGGACAAGACCAGCGCCACGGCCUACAGGCUGACCAUUCACAAGCUGCAGCCGGUGGACCAGGGCCUGCUCUACUGCCAGGCUGCCGAGUGGAUUCAGGACACGGACGGCAGCUGGUUCGCCAUGACCCGCAAGCAGAGCGACAAGACUCAGCUCCGCAUUCAGCCUACCGAUCGGGACUUCAGCAUCCAGGUGAACACGGAGCGACGGUCCUUCACGGCCGGUGAGCCGCUGGAGCUUCACUGCACCAUUGAGGCCCAGAAUGUCCCCGAGCGCUUCUUCUCGGUGUCGUGGGUCUUCAGCAGCUCACCGGUGGCCGUGGUGGGCCCCAGUGCCGUGCCUGUCCUGGGCCCCGAUUAUGUCGCCCGCGAGGCGGCCGGACACAUGACCGUGCGCAAAGAGAGCGCCAACGUGCACUUGCUCAAGCUGCAGCACCUCCGCCCCGAAGACGCCGGGAAAUACAUCUGCCGCGUGACAGAGAGGGAAAAGACGCCCACGGGAGACUUCAUCGACCGCAGCAAGAGGUCCCGCAAUGUCCAGAUCACAGUCCAGCCGCUCAAGAGCAACAUCACCGUGUCAUUGUCGAGCAACUCUUCGGAGGUGCUGGAGGGCGAUGUGAUCCAGUUGACCUGCUCCGUCCAAUCCACUACAGGGCCCCUGUCUGUCGUCUGGCAGUGGACAGACAAGCAGGGGACUGGGCCGGCCCUGGAGGUGGCCUCCUUCGAUCGGGAUGGCACCGUAUGGCACCGUCCCUCCUACAGGGAGCGCUCCAACUACGGGGAGAUCCGCGUGGAGAAGGUGCAGCCCGACGCCUUCUCUCUGUCCCUGUAUAACGCCUUACCCGGGGAUGAGGGCCAGUACCGCUGCACGGCAACCGAGUGGCUGCAGACCGGCACUGAACCGGAAGUAAACUGGGAGAAGAUCGGGGAGAAGUUGGCCACCAAGACCGUCACCGUCAAGACUGUUGAGUCCUCCUUCAUGGUGUCGGCCUCAUCCCGGACGCCAUCCGUUACCUUCGGAGACUCCUUUGACCUCCUGUGCCUGGUGAAGCCUCGCCACAACCCUCGCGUCCCCACCUCCGUCACCUGGCGCUUCAUGCCGGCGGGCACAAAAGCUGGCGACGAGGAGCAGGGAGAGUUCAAAGACCUGGUGACUUUCACACGCGAGGGCACGCUGCAGUGGGGGGAGCAGCUGCUGGGCCUCGGCACCCGCACCACGGUGGACCGCUCCCACUCCAACACCAACUUCCGGUUGUCGGUGACCCGGGCAGGCCGCCGCGAGGCGGGCAAAUACCAGUGCACCGCCGUCCUGUGGAGGAGGAACUAUGACAACAGCUGGAGCAAAGUAGCCAACCGCACUUCCAACCUGCUUGGCAUCAGUGUCCUACAGCCAGAGAGCAAGCUGCGAGUGCAAAAGACCAACCAGUCUCAGGUGUACCUGGAGGACAGUCGGGUCAAGAUCAAUUGCUCCAUCAGCUCCCAGACCAGCCAGGACUCCCAGCACGCUGUGCUGUGGUACGUGAGGCGCGCGACCGGGUCAGAAGCCGAUGAGCUCCUGCUGAGGAUCGAACGCUCGGGGGCCUUUGAGUACGGCGCCUACGCGGAAGAGGAGCGACUGCGCCGUCGAGUACAGGCCGAGAGGCUGUCGAGCCGUCUCUAUGUGCUGACGUUGAACCGGGCAGAGAACAGCGAUUCUGGGACAUACUACUGUCUGGUGGAGGAGUGGCUGAGCGACCCGGAUGGAGCGUGGUAUCGACUCUCCCGGGAGUCCUCGGGGUUCACGAAGGUUCUGGUCAGACAGCCAGAGAUUCGACUGCAGGUGGAGGAACUGGAGUCAAACGUGACGGUGGAAGAGUCUGCCUCCAUCCGGCUGGGCUGCAGCAUUCCCUCCCAGUCGUCCAAAGACUCUCGCUUCUCCGUGUCCUGGUAUGUGGAGCGCCCCGAAGAUGAUGAUGAUGAUGAGGAGGAGGAGGAGGAGGAACAGCCAGGCGAGGAGGAGAAAGAGUGCGUGUUCUCCAUCGGCCACGACGCCGUGUUUGGAAACGGAAACUGCAGCCCCAGAGAGGAGCCGGGGCCAAAUUCCCGUCUGCAGUUUGAGAGGAUGACCUCCGACCAGUACAGCCUGACCAUUCAGGGAGCACGGCCGACGGACACGGGCCGGUACUUCUGCCAUGUCGAGGAGUGGCUACUCAACCCCCGCAAAGCAUGGUACCGCCUGGCCACCAACAACUCUGGGUUCACUAUCGUCAAUGUAAUGCAACAAGUGUCCACCCUCCAGUCGGUGGUGUGCUCCAACGACUCCCUCUUCUACUUUGUCUUCUUCUACCCCUUCCCCAUCUUCGGCAUCCUCCUCAUCGCCGUGCUGCUUGUGCGCUAUAAGAGCCGCAACAACAGCAAGAGCCAAGAAGGCAAGAACGGCGCCCCCCUCCUGUGGAUUAAGGAACCUCACCUCAGUUACUCCCCCACCUGUCUGGACCCACCUGCGCUCAGCCUGCACCCUGGCUCAGUCGACUAAGCGAGGGUUCCCCCCCCCCCCAAUGUCAGGGAGCAGAUCUGGACUCCACCUUCAGACCUUACUGUCGUCCACUGAUGUGUUGAAUUAGUCAGUUUAAAAAACCCUACCCUGGUGGCUGUCUGUUUCACGUUAGUGUGUGUGUGUGUGUGUGUGUGUGUGUGUGUGUGUGUGUGUGUGUGUGUGUGUGUGUGUGUGUGUCUGUCGACUAGAAUGGGUGUGCCAUGUUAGCACGAUAAAUUGUGCGAUUUGAAGGACAAGAGAGUUUUAGGAGCGUCUCUCGUUUUUUUUUCUGUCAAACUCAUAGCUGCAUUUUGUUUUUUAUUACUCUGAAUAUUUGUCUAUUUUUCAAGAGAGAGAGAGAGAGAGAGAGAGAGAAAACUGCACUUGAGAUCAUUGGCCAAUCCGGGAUGAACAUUUAAGAGAAGGAACUCUAUAAUCGACUCCGGCACCGGGUGGAAGCCAACAAAAAGCAGCCACAGCCCGACCCACUAUGUUGGUUGCCAUAGUGAUUCUCUGCGCCUACUGACUCAGUCCGUAGCUGAUGACUUGGUUGCAGGCUGCACAGAGACAAAGGCAAGGACACACAAGUCUGUGUCCUAAGUGAGGAUGUGUGCCCACCUGCCUCCACAAUGAAUUUGCCUUGGCAGACAGAAACCACCUAAACAUUGCCAGACACUCUUAGUGAGAGACUGCGCUGCUCUUCUUCUCCUCCCUCCUCCUCCUCGCCCCAAAAAGAGACAACAAGAAAAAGAGAGAGAGGGUCUCAGAAAUGGGAAUGGGAAUGGGGGGGGGGGGUGUAAAUGAACAGCGCUCUCCUGCUGAGGACAUAUGUACUUUUACAUAAGAGUUUUUUUCUUUUCAGUGCCAAGACCUCCUUAUUUCCAUGCUGUUCUCUGCAGCUGAUGGUUGAACUUUUCAAGGGAGUCGGAAAGCUGAUUGGUUUUUGAAGCAGAUUGUAAAUAUGUCUGCGUACCUCCCGCUGUGGCUUUAUGGGCCUUGAGGACAAAGGGGCCAUUUUUACACUCAUAUUAAGUCAGUUGAAAUGUCCUGCUUAGAUUAUUACACAGAUGUGGUUACUGAGUACAAUUACGUUACUGCACAUUUCUUUUAAGUUGCCCAGUAUGACCAGUCCGUCCAGUCUUUAAUGAUAUCAGAAGAUGCAAAUUGUAUUUUAAAAGUUUUUUUAAUUUUUUUAUUUGUUAAAAGCCACACUGGAGAUUUAUACGUAUAGACGUGUAGUGACAACACUUUAAAAUGUAACCUGCACAUUAGAAAACUAAAAGACGGCCGGGGGCAAAUAUUUGACUUGGGUUUAUUUUAAAGAUUUUUCUAUUUAUUGUUUUCUUUUUUUACUACUUUGCAUAGCUUUGAAAAAAUUGUCUUUUUGCUUUUAAAUUCUCUAAGAACUCUGCUGCUUGCGUUGCCAGGCAACUGCACCAAGUAGAUUAUGUCAAUAGCCUGUGUGUUGGCAAUGUGAUAGAUGUAGAAAUGCUAGAUUUGUCCUGCGCGUUGCAGUCUGUAGCAUUUCAUACCAGAUUGUCAAAUUUGGUCAGUGUCAAAACACUGUAUAUCUAUACCUAUAAUGAAGAUUACUGUGGCUUUACAUGUACAAUAGUUGAACAGACCAGUCACAAAAAUGAAUUCACUUAAUGCUUUUUUGCUUGAGUCGCGUUUAUUUCGUGAAAUGUGAUGUAACGCGGAGGUAGGACGUCAGAUCUGCUGAAACCGAACUGUUCCAACGUCUCCUAAUCAUGGAUUGUAGCUGAAGGCGUCGUCCGUCGGCAUCCCCGGGUGCAAAAGGCAGAAGGGUUGAUAACAUGUGUGUCACCUUCCCUGGAACGCGUCCGCCAGGAGAGGCGUGAAGUCCUCUCCCCAACCUGGGCCCAACCCCUUCACUGCCGGACUGGACAGGAACACUCUUGAAAGACUCGUCUACAUGUAUAUUGCAUGACAAUACUGCGGGAGGAAUUUUGAUGUUUUGUAAACUUUGAACUCUUUGAGCAUUGUGUUUGUGUGACAAAGCAGUGCGCCCCCACCCCCCCCCACCCCUACAGACUUCCUGAGCCAACAAAAAGCCUAGUCCUUCGUCAUUUACAAUAUUUGACUGCCAAUUCCAGAUGCCCUUCGAGACCUGUGAAGUAAUCCGUUUCAAGAAUGGCUGUUGUGGAGAUUGUGUUUGAUAUUAUUGCUCAUAUUUGUCUUUUUAAUGUUUGCUUUUAUGCGGCACUUCAUUAAACAGAUUUAUGUCCAAAAAAAAAAAAAAAAGAAGCAAAGAGUAUACGUAGCCGACACUGACACAAACGCACCACGUUCUGAGAUUUCAACUUCCUUCACUGUUGUUCAAGGCAACGGUCCAUUUCAAGUCGAACGCCCACGUCUCCACGUUGAGUACGGCUGGUGCUAUUUAGUUAGAAAUGCAAUGCACAUGCAACUUGAUGAAUCAAUGUCUUCAAAGAGUGCACAUCAAUGAGCUGUCCGUCGACUCAUAACCAAGUGUUGUCGAGGGGUACGCGGCGCCAGACGGAUAGGGGCGCACGAUGGACAAAGACGAGUGUCGCACACACACACACACACACACACACAUACUGCAUAUUGCCUGCUCCCAAGCGCUUAAUGAGGCAAUAUUAGGAAAAAGGGUCUUUCUAUGUCAAACAUCCAGAGAAAAGGAUACAUAAAAUGAAAACUCCGGCUACAAUUACACACGAUGCUUAAGAUAAUUCCUCUGAGACAAAAAGUAAUCCAUUACACAACUGAAGCUGGUUAGUAGCCUCAGAUUAUAUACUGUAAAAUACACAUUUUUUGACAGAAAUAUGUACAAUACUAUGAUUGUGUGUAAGAAGAACGAGUGUGUGAUAGUAUGUGGUGCAGGUGGAGGUGGAGCUGUCAUUUUCUUUGUACAUAUUGUCUGUUUUUCUCACAUAAGGGUGUUUGCCUAACAAAGACCUUCUUGGUCGAAAGGUUGCCUCAUUAAAUUGCAAUAGUCAGUG